AUGACCGUGCUACAGUCUAAAGUCUACAGUCUUCUCGUACUAAAGGCGACGAUGCUGUCACUCAAGGUCGCGACUAAAACGACUGAAGCAGUGACGGUCGUCAACUUGUCAUCAAAAGAAUUGUCCGAGGACACUGUGUCUGUGCUAUCUCGUGGACUAAACUUUGCACCGACACCACGUAGAAUACCCGUUGAGGAUAUAAUAACAAAUAUUGAAAAUACCAUUUUCAGGAAUAAAAUACCUCACGGAGAUGCUGAUUGCCUGCGCCAAGAUGUGUCCACAUUAUUGCGUAAGUCUCCCCUACCUAAGAGCAAUAUUACCCUCAAGGAGGUUAGUGCCCUGCGGGAGUUGCGCAAUGAUGAGUCACUGUUAGUGCUACCAGCGGACAAAGGUAACGCCACUGUAGUCGUCGACACCGAAGCGUACGAACACAAAAUAACGCAAAUGGUGGGCGACACAAGUGUUUAUCGUAAAGUUACUUACAACCCUACAUCUCGAGUCACGACGAAAGUAAACAAACUUCUCCACAUCAUAGGUGACAAGGAGCUGGUAGCACAACUACGUCCACAAAAUCCGACACCACCCAAAAUUUAUGGUUUGCCAAAAAUCCAUAAAACUAAUUGGCCCCUACGACCUAUAGUUAGCCAAAUAGACGCACCGACCUAUAAACUGUCGCGUCACUUGGCUACACUGUUACAGCCAUACACGGGCAAAACGAGCAGCUACGUGAGAGACUCCCGUCAUUUUGUUGAGUUACUGAAUGGUAUACAGCUGCAGAACACUGAAAUAAUGGUCAGCUUCGACAUAACGUCGCUGUUUACCAACGUACCAGUAGAUGAAGUCAUUCAAAUAAUAACUACCCUUUUAGGCGGAUCUACAAUACCUACUGGCUAUGUUGAGAGCAUCACUUUCUGUUUGAAAAGCGGAUAUUUUCUGUGGCGUGGGAACUAUUAUCUCCAAAUUGACGGAGUGGCCAUGGGCUCGCCUCUCGCGCCCGUUGUAGCAAACAUUUUUAUGGAGUGGUUCGAAGAAAAAGCACUGGAGUCCGCCAGUGUUAAACCGCGAUACUGGUGGCGAUAUGUUGAUGACGUUUUUGCUGUCGUCACCCGGGACGGAUUGAAGGAUCUGACGUCACACCUUAACCAAGUGCAUGCGAAGAUAGAGGUCACCAUGGAGGAGGAGAGCGAAGGGAAGUUACCGUUCCUGGAUGUGCUGGUCAUCCGAGAGCCGAACGGACGCGUGACUCACACCGUCUACCGGAAACCGACGCACACAGACCGGUACCUACGAGCCGAUUCUCAUCACCACCACUCACACCUAUCUUCGGUGCCUCGUACGCUGCUGAACCGAGCACUUGCUCUAUGCGACCACAAAUACGUUGAUGCGGAACUAAGGCAUCCGCAAGAUACCACCGAGUCGCCGACGAAUUCUGCUGCUAGUGCCACACCAAAGAAGCCUAAAACCAUGAGCAGGCCCAAGCGCGCUGCUGCCAAUAAGAAGUAG